CCCACUCGUUUCUGAGGCAACGAGAUGAAGAGAGUCUUUAGUGAGGAGGACGCGAAAGCGUUGGUGUCCACAACAAGAUGGCUGAGAAAUUUCGGUCUGCGAACUCAGAAACUUGAUAUACAACAGAUCCUACCAAACAUAGGAUUUAGACACAGAAGAGAUCGUGUGCCAUCUCUCAAGAAGGAAGUAUCUGCUGUUCACAGUGUCGGUCUUUUUCCCGUCUAUAAAGACUCUGAUGGAUCUAUUUAUAAUAUUUGUGCUGGAGAGGCGAGGCUGACGGGCAUCGAAUGUCGACUUGCAAAUCUUAUUACAUUGUAUCGUCACAGACUGGAAUGGCUUACAACGAGAAGUCAACACGUAUUUGGAGUUGUUGAGGAAUCAAGUGUAGCUGUUGUCAUUGAUCGACCUGACACUACAGAUACAACGUGGGAAAAGCUGAAGAACGACAUGGUUUUGUGGAGUGAAGAGCAACUAUCUAGGAUUACAAGAGUCAACAUGUUUUGGUGUGGCAGCAGUGAUAUCAAUCAGUGGCACAGUGAAGCCACACCUAUCACUUCUCUUUCCAUCAACUCUCUCACUGAUUGGCUACGCGAUCAAAUAUCAACAAGUUCUAGUCUUGCAUCAGAAUCCAUCCCAUAUGAUAAAACAACAGUGUUAGAAGCCGUUCUCAUGGCAAUGGCUGACAAGAAGGUGGAGUCUGUCUAUUUCAUUACAAAUGGGAAGUUUCUUACUUCAGGAGAAGAAACAUUCAGAAGAAAAGUAACGUCAAUGCAAGUGCAGCUACAUGUAGUGAGCUACAGGUGUGACAAUGAAAGUCAACUAACUAGACUAAAGGACAUUGCUACAAUAACAGGAGGAAAGUUUCAUGUUUAUCCAAGUGUGCAACCAAACCAUCUGCUGUCCAGGCUAUCAAACGAAGCAAAAUUUCCCACUCUUCACAAUUCUUUGUUAUCAACAUCGCACGUUUCAUUACAAGAAUCAAGGACAUCAUCAGACAGUUUUUCAUAUUCACCUCAACCACAUGCACUUUCCAAUGAGCAAUCAAACUCUAGAACAACUGAAGUUGUUUGUGAAGAUGUUCAGUUGCUGUUUGAUGAGUUGCAACGUGCAUUGGACAACAUGGCUGAGAUUCGAACAUUACGUCAUGAGAUAGCAGGGCAAAGGAAGCCAAUACUUACUGACGAGGAAAUGAGAAGUCGAGGAACAGAAAGCGAAGAAAAACCAGAGGAGACGAUGAGCUCUAGAGAAUGGCUUAUGAAACACAGCUUGAAAACAAAAGGUCUGAGAUUUUACGAUCUUAUCUCUACAAUCUCAUUUCGACACUGUGAGGCAGUAAUUGAUAUCAAAGCACCCAAGAACAUUUCUCAAUCCAAUUCAGAGUUGGUGUCUCAUUACAAGUUGGUUGGAGCAAAGUAUUGUGGACGAUUUGCUCAUAUUCGGUGGGUCGAUGGCAGCUUGCGUCAUGUUUUUCUGUCACAUUUUGCAUACGAACAACAAAAGAUCAAGUUGAUUUCACUUUUGGAAUUGUAUAAAACAAGGUUGGCUUGGUUGAAGAGAGGCAGCAGGGAACUGUUUGGUACCAUAGUCGAAGAUCAGGUGAUUAUUCUUAUUGAUAUUUCAUCAUCUAUGGAGAAUCAUUUGGAGAUUGUCAAGGACAAGUUUGAGUAUUUGCUGAAGGAACAACUGAAAUUUAAGUCCAAAUUCAAUGUCAUACGAUUCGGGUCAACAGUAGCUGCUUGGCGAGACAGACUAACUGAUAUCACUCCUCAGACUGUGCAUCAGUUGAUGCAGUGGGUUAAUGGACUUGUUGCCGAAGGAAGUACAAACGUUGGUGAUGCAAUUCAGCUAGCAAUGGCUGACAGGGAUGUGCAGGCAAUCUAUUUGCUUACUGAUGGGAGACCAGACCAGCCUACUGAGAGUAUUCUUAGUCGCAUUCAGCAAGUUCCUCUUAUUCCCAUCCACACGAUUGCUUUCAACUGUGAUGACUCAGAGGCCAAUCGUUUUCUCACUAAACUGGCAGCACUUACCGGCGGUCGAUAUCAUUACUACUCAGAUGAUACACGACCACAUAUGGAAGCCACCAGACCAUCUGAAUCUGAGGAUUGUCGAUUACUUCGUGAGGAGAUCAAGCAAGCUGAACACGAUCUCAAACAAAUGGACGAACUAAGGGCAGAAUGCAGCGUUCUUGAAACAAAAGCAUUGUCUCGGCGUGACUCUCAAGAGAGGUUGAGACUCAGUGGAGCUACAGUUUCUGCUGGAACGAGAAGCCGUUCACAAUCAUCUUUUUCUAAAGCAGCGAAACUGCAACACUUAUCAUCACAAGACAGUCAACUUGAUGUUCAUUCAGAUUUUGUGUCAAAGCAACGGCUGACACCGAAAAAGCUUCCACCGUUGAGUCUUUCGUCUAAAAAAUGGCUAAGGAAGAACGGUCUUCUAGCUAAACAUCUCACCAUCCUCCACGCUCUGGAACCUGUUCUAAUCAAACACAAACCUGAGUACAUUCCAAUACUCAACAAGAACGUUGUUGCUCAAGUGUUUGAUGAAUUGCUGCCUAUAUCUCAUGUGUCAUCUAAUAGCAAAGGCAUUCAUUUGGUCAAUCCACAGGCUGUUGAUCUUGCUGGUUAUGAGGAGAGUUUGGGCAAAGCUAUCGCAUUAUAUGAGAGGCGUCUUGACCAGCUUGUGUGGAACGCAAUUCCUGAUGAAACCAAACGACAUCUCAAUCUUUCUGGAGACCCACCAUCGUUUUCUGCCAAUCGUGACAAACUUCUUGAGUGUUUGGACAACCUGGGGUGGCCCGUCUCCAAACAAGAUGUUGAUGUACUGGAAAAGGAAAUCAACAAAGGUCACGUGUUUAUGCAGCAGUCACGUGAUCUAAGAUCAACAGUCAAGUCUAGUGGCUUGUCAACUAAUGUUUGCGUACGGUCUGAAUGUGAUGAUGAGAAGGAAACAGUCGGGAUUGAUCAGCGUGAUUUGAAUGAAGAGCUUAAAAUCAAACGAGCUACUAAGCUACUGGAGAGAUACAAAGGCCACCAACUGAUUGCAAGAGAUGGGAUCACAGGACUUUACUUUCGAGCGAAAGCAAUAAACCCAGUUGAUGCUCACCAUCUUGAAAUGGAAUUUUCCAACAACCAAUGCCAAGUUGUUAGUGUGAAGCAUAUCUUUGACAUUGGAGGAUCUCGGCCGUGUCCUGUAUUGAAGCCGGGACAGUUUGUAUUGUGUGAAACAACGGGUCCAUUGGAUAGUGAUAGUGACGACCAGUGGAAUGUCUACCACUACUAUGUGCCUGCCAUUGUGUUGGCGUCUCCAUCCAAAAUGUUAGAUCUCUACCACUACACAGUGGUUGACUGCUUUAAAUCAAAGAUUGUAGCUCCUCGUCGUCAGCUGCUGUUAAUCUCUAGAACUCAGUUUACGUUUGCUGUACGGUAUAUCUCUCAAUGUCAGUCUCCAACAAUUGCAACCGACCUUUUCCCAUCAUCAGAAACACCAACAAAUGAUGACGUAACCAGCAACACAAACGUUGAAUUUCUAAUCGACUCAGCUACCCAAACAGUCAAUGAAACGGCCACAUCAGGCAUUCAGACAGACAUUAUUGAGGCUGCAGACGAUCAAUCAAUGUCACACGAUCUUUCAAUAAAUCAACAAACUUCACAAUCAAGCAUCCAGACAGACGCACAACAGACAGAAGGUCAAGAAUUGAUUACAACUGCCGAUCUUGUUGAUGAUCCGAAGCUUGCAGAUGUUGUAAUUCCAACAGACUACACAUCCCAGCCACACAGUCCAACAGAUAACAAACAUUCAAGUGAUGGACAAAACUUGAUGGAUACGCUGACUCCAACUACCAGUGAAGCGAUCAAAGUGAGCACACAAACAGUGCACAUUGACGAUAAGUCACCAACAAUAGAAUCAGACACAGACAAGGAUCUCACAAAGCUACGUGAUUUGAUUCUUCGACUUCAUAGAAAGCAGGGCGGACAGCUGAAGAAAAAGCUUAUCAACAUGUCACGAAUGAUUAUUCAAGUGCAGAGGAGAACACAAGGUGUUUAUACUGUCAGUCAGCAGAAGGCAAAGUUUAGGAAGAUGCUGCGUGCACAGGAAAGGGUUUUUGCUGCGUUGAGAAACGAUUUGCAACAAAUGUGUGAGGAGCAGCAGCUUGUUAGGUUGGAAGCAGAGAAAAUUAGGGAUAAGAACAAAGAGCUGUCUGUGACAGUUGAGCAUCUUCAUCAACUGUUGAAAGAAAUUUUGGAUAGACCAGUUAGUGCUGAGUUUGACGCUCAGCUUGAUAGUGUAGAGGAGCAGCAGCAGGACAAUGGCAUGGUUUUGGUUGCUUCUGGAGAUCAAGGAUAUGUUGUGUCAAGCCAACCUCUUCAGUAUCCAGUUAUCGAACCAGUUGAGCAAUUUCCGGAGGAUCCUAUGGAGAUAAAACUAAAUGCAGAAGUGUUGGCCAGGUGGCCAGAAGAUGGAUGGUAUUAUAGAGCAAUUGUCACCCAUGAUUACGAUGACGGAACAUAUCUCAUUGACGACGGCAGCUACGAAGCACGUCUCUCUCGUUGCGACCUCAUCACUGACAAACAAGACGGAAAAAUCAUCUCAGAUGACGAUCGUGUUGUUGCUCUUCAUCCAUUGUAUUCAGAUAGCUUUGCACCAGGGAUUGCGAAGGAUGCUUCGCAGGCUGACUGGAGUCUACAUAUUGAAUUUUAUGAUGGAAAUCAAGCCACUUUGAAUCGUGAGGAUGUUUACUGGUUGGAUGCAGAGAAAUACCAGCAAGAUGUCGCUAUGAUUGAAGAACAUGAAAACAGUUGGAUAGGCAAAAUUGUUGUUGCCAGGAAUAACACGGACGGUCUCUACUAUCAUGCUGAAGUGAAAGAGAAGAUUGCUGGUGGUCGUAUGUAUAAAAUAGAAUGGAACUUUAGUGAUGACGACAAGAUGCUCUCUCAAGUUUUGGAUCUUCGUCAUUUGUUUGGCAGUCUGACACAAGUUAGACCAUUGAAGAUGGGAGAUCGUGUACUCACAACUUAUAAUCAAGGACAGACAUUUGUAGCAGGAUGGGUGGCUGCUCGACCAAGUGAAUCAUCAGAUCACGUGACCAUCAACUUUUGCGAUGGCAUGAGAUCUACAGACAUAGACGAAUCAUCUUGUUUCUGGUUAUCUCAAGAAUAUUAUGACGAAGCAGUUGAGUACUAUAGAAGCAAACACUGAGCAGAAUUAUGAACAUGUAUAGCUAGGCGUAUGCAACGUGUAAUUAAUUUGUCAAAUUGUAUGAGUUUUGCAGUUUUUAGAGAUCGAAAUUUACGUGGUUAUUCUGUUACUGCAA